UUGCUGAAGGCUACUGUCGAGUUCGACGCGUCCGACCUGCACAUCACGACCGAUUCGCCACCGCAGGUGAGGGUCGAUGGUUCGCUACGUCCGCUCGAUCUACCUCCGCUGUGUGCGGCCGAGACCAGGCAACUCGUGUACAGCGUCCUGACCGACGGCCAGCAGGGUCAGUUCGAAGACUCGUUCGAGCUCGAUUUUUCGUUCAGCAUCCGUGAUAUUGCACGAUUCCGCGGUAACGCCUUUCGCCAGCGCGGCGCCGUGGCCGCCGUAUUUCGCGUGAUUCCCGAUGAGAUUUGCAGUGUGCGGGGACUGGGAUUGCCUCCCGUCAUCGAGCGGCUGGCCGCUCACCCGCGGGGGCUGGUGCUGGUCACGGGACCCACCGGCAGCGGGAAGAGCACGACGGUGGCGGCACUGAUCGACAAGAUCAACACGGACGGAAUGCGCACAUCCUGA